UGAGUAAGCACGUGAUAAACUUAGCAAAAAAGGCGGCAACGACCAAGGUACCAACGGUUAAUUGGAUGACAAUGUUUCACAUGCGAACAACGCCCAUCUCUCCACCCGCCGCGGACGCGCAAUUACCAUCGCUCAAUGGGGAGCCAAGAUGAAGAAGACACUGCUACUCUGCUUCAUCCACGGCUUCAAGGGGGGUGAUGACACCUUUGGCCGGCCGAGCGACGGCUUCACCGAGCAGCUACGCCAGCUGGUGGCCGCGCAGCUGCCCAAGAUCGAUGUUCGCGUCGUCAUUUACCCAAAGUACGAUACGCGCGGCGAUCUGGCCGAGUGCGUCGCCCGUUUCCGCGACUGGCUGCUGGAGAAGGUCAUCGACAUCGAGGUCGACGCCGGCACGCCCUCGCCCACUGUCGACCCCUCGGUCCGUACCGUGCUGAUCGGCCACAGCAUGGGCGGCAUCGUCGCCGCCGAGACAAUCAUGGCCCUGACCAGCGAGAAGCCCAUUCCGGCGCCCGGUAGCGCAGAUGAUCAGGCCUUUGACGCCGAGGCCGCCGCUGCUGCUGCCGCCAAGAGGCCCACGUCGCCGUCGCUCACCUCGCUAAUGUUUCCCUACAUCCAGGGCUUGCUGGCAUUUGACACACCUUUCCUGGGCAUAUCGCCUGGGGUUGUCGCGCACGGCGCAGAAGGUCAUUACAACCAGGCGUCUGCUGUGUUGGGCCAGAUAAGUGGGCUUUCAGGUGCGCUAUGGGGAGGCGGUGCGGCCGCUGCGGCUGGGGACAAGGCGCGCAGCGCAGACGGCAAGAGGCAGGCGGAGGCGCUGCCGAUGGCUGCACCUCCCGCGACGGCCUCACAGGACAAGAAUCAGAAGGGGAACGACGGUGGCGCAUGGGGCCAGUGGGGCAAGAUGGCCAUGAUCGCAGGCGCGGGGGCGGCCAUCGCCGCCGGAGGAGCUGCCGCUUACAUGAAACGUGAGCAGAUCAGCGAAGGCUGGUCCUGGGCGUCAUCGCAUCUUGCCUUUGUGGGAUGCCUGGCACGGGGUGAGGAGCUGCGACGGCGCGUGGCGUACAUGUCCCGGACCAAGAGCGACCUGGGUAUUGGUUUCGCCAACUUAUACACUCGCCUCGGGAAAGCCGCAGCACCAAAGCAAGUGUCCAUGGUUGGUACAGUGCUGGGAAACCAGAGAACGUUCUGCAAUCUACCCACCAAGUCGUCGGCGAAUGCAGGCGAAUGGCGGGAGGCUAUCAACGACAUGGCCACCGAUGAGACUUUGGCUCAUACGUCAAUGUUUGAAAAGCCUCAGAACCCUGGAUUUGAAAAGCUCAAGACAGAUGCGGCUGAGCUCAUUACUUCUUGGGCAAAGAACGACUGGUAUGAGUCUAGCGCAGAGGAGCCCGCCAAGAUAGAAUUAUAGUAGGUGUUGGGCACACUCGUCAGUGUCAAAGAGUCGCAUGACAUUCCUUAUGCUACAAUCGCUCUACAACCAACCCUAAAGGAAAUAGCUUUUUGUCUAGGAUGUAUACUUUUAGAUACCAUAAAUGCACCCGCCUAUGUUGUCCCUGUGGACAUUCUAUAUCCCCCGCAAUUCACCUUGCAUCGUUGCUCAUUUGUUCCUACAUCCGUCUAGUUGGCCUUCUCGUGGUUCUUGGCCU